AUGCCCACCGAGGCGUCACUUUCGGCUAUUCCAGAAUUGGUACAGUUUUUGAACGCAGAAACCUCACCCGAAAUUCGCCAUUCGGCUAUAGCCUAUAUUGUUGGAAUUUCUGCGACUGCAGAAGAUGAAUUUGUACCUACUGGUUUUGCAGCGCAUAAUUUUUCGCUUACAAAGUCUUUUUGUGCACUAUUUGAAACCGUCCCCUCUGACCAACCUGCCCUUUAUUCUGGUUUUAUAAAUAUAACGUCUGAUGAUCCUUUGACGGCAAAUUUUGUAAUUGAACAUUCUUCUGUUAUUUCAAUUUCAACCGUUCAUUGUAAGAACCAGGAUUCUUUGGCUAGUGAUGCUGCUAAACUCUUAUCAAAUCUUUCACUUCACUUCAGCUCUAAGGUACUUAACAUUGUUGCGAAGGAAUGGCCCGCUUUUUUGACUGACACAAUAGAUUUGUUAAAUGCCAAGGAUUCUGCUGAUUUUGCUGAUUAUUUGGGAUAUGUAUUAGUGAAUUGUACUGAACUGCCAAAGAUUCGUCGAGAGGUAUGUGAUCAUGUCAAGAAUCUUCUUCCGCUGAUUUCUUUGAAAAACAGACCUAAACGACGUUUAAUAGCUGUCGAUAUAGUCCGGAAUUUGUGCUUUGAUGACGACAAUAAGAUUUUGGAAAAUAUUCUUUUAAAAAAACGGGGAAAACAGUCUACAUAUAGUUUUGGUUUCAGACGGAAAUUGUUACCUCUGUUGUUUAAAGAAACUACGCCUGCAAAACUGGAAAGGGGGAGACAGGUGAUGGCAAAAAUACGUUACGGAAUGUUUGAUGAUUGUAACUGUGAUAGAGUUGAUGAUGAUGAUUUGAUCGUAAUAGUGGAGAAAAGAGUGAAGAUUUUGGUAGGACAUAAUGCUGGCUUUGUUUGA